CAAUCAUAUGCAUGCCAAUUACUUUAUUUGUUGUAAAAUGCAACCAUAAGUGACCUGACAAUGUAGCUUGUAGAAAUACAGGGGGAGGUGUUCAUGGUCAAUGAUUUAUACUUAGUUCCAUUUGUGCUUUUUCAAUCUUGUGAAACACAAAAACACGCACCUGUGUGCACAGGCACACAGAUGACAGAAGUAGUUGUAGCUGAUCCUUAUUAGGAAGCCGAGAGUGCAAGUGCUUCAAGCAGUCGUUGGAAAGUGAGAGUUACUGUCAACAUAUUGCAUCCUUUUCUUUUCUUUUCUUUGUGGGUUGUCAUGUUGAUGGCAAUAACUCAAUUGUUGGAGAGAUGAUGAGUUUGCAUCUUUAGGUUUUUGAAAAUGAUCACCUCAGCCGCCGGUGGUUCACCCAUUCAAUUUCACGAACAGAAAAAUUAUCUAGGAUUAUUUCAGUUAUAACACAAAUAUACCUACUCACGUAUUUGUGUUAGUACCCCUGGAUACCUUUCUCCGUCUUGUGACAGCCAGGCGAUUUAGUCAUUGCCUUUAGUUUUGCCCCAUAAUUGGUUAAUUUUCUUAUUUAGUUUUCAAAUGGCAAAAUUUUAUUUAUUUCAUUCCUUCUAGAGUUCUAGUUAUGAUCACUUUUCCAUCAAUUUCUCUCUUGGUAAAUAAAUUUGUUUGUACCCCUUUGGCUUGCAUUAUCAGGUUAGUGGUUCAGGGCCUUCAGGCAAUCUUCAAGAUUCAACUUUUCUCAACGCUGUCGUGAAGGUUUAUUGCACUCAUACAGCACCUGAUUAUUCCCUUCCCUGGCAAAAACAGAGACAGUAUACAAGUACAGGAAGCGCUUUUAUGAUUGGGGAUGGAAAGCUUUUGACAAAUGCACAUUGUGUUGAACAUGGUACACAGGUCAAAGUGAAGAGAAGAGGAGAUGACACUAAAUUUGUGGCAAAGGUUUUAGCUAGGGGAGUUGAAUGUGACAUUGCUUUGCUUUCAGUAGAGAGUGAGGACUUCUGGAAAGGAGCUGAGCCACUCCGUUUGGGGCGACUUCCACGUCUUCAGGAUGCAGUAACUGUUGUAGGCUACCCACUUGGAGGAGACACCAUAUCAGUGACAAAAGGAGUGGUUUCUCGAAUAGAGGUUACGUCGUACGCUCAUGGGUCAUCUGACCUGCUUGGCAUUCAAAUUGAUGCAGCAAUAAAUCCAGGAAAUAGUGGUGGUCCUGCAUUCAAUGAUGAGGGGGAGUGCAUUGGGGUGGCAUUUCAGGUUUACAGAUCUGAAGAAGCUGAAAGUAUUGGAUAUGUAAUUCUCACGACAGUCGUUUCUCAUUUCUUGGAAGACUAUGAAAGAAAUGGGCAGUAUACUGGAUUCCCUUGCCUUGGAGUCUUGCUGCAGAAGUUGGAGAAUCCUGCACUCCGUGCAAGCUUAAAAGUGCAGUCUAAUGAGGGUGUUUUGGUACGGAGAGUUGAGCCCACUUCUGCUGCAAAUAAUGUUUUGAAAGAGGGGGACGUGAUCGUAAGCUUUGAUGAUGUUCAUGUAGGGUGUGAAGGAACUGUGCCAUUUCGAUCAGCUGAGCGCAUUGUAUUCCACUAUCUAAUAAGUCAAAAGUUUGCAGGUGAUGUGGCAGAGCUUGGUAUUAUUCGAAAAGGGACUUCUAUGAAAGUUCAAACAAUACUAAAUCCACGAGUGCAUUUGGUCCCUUAUCACAUUAAAGGAGGCCAACCUUCUUAUCUUAUUAUUGCUGGACUGGUGUUCACGCCACUCUCAGAACCUCUUAUUGCUGAGGAACGUGAAGACAACAUAGGGUUGAAACUAUUGGUGAAGGCACGGUAUUCAUUGGCCAAGUUCAAAGGGGAACAGAUAGUAAUCCUCUCACAGGUCUUGGCAAAUGAAGUUAACAUUGGAUAUGAGGAAAUGGGCAAUCAGCAGGUUCUAAAGUUCAAUGGAACUCCAAUAAAAAACAUACGACACUUGGCAUAUCUAGUUGACUCAUGCAAGGACAGGUAUUUAGUCUUUGAGUUUGAAGACAACUUCCUAGCGGUCUUGGAACGGGAAGCUGUUGCUUCGACCACACCUCGCAUUCUCAAGGAUUAUGGGAUACCAUCUGAGAGGUCUUCAGAUCUGCUGGAGCCAUAUCUGGAUUCAUCAGAAUGUGACCAAACAAUAAAUCAUGAUAUCUGCGACAGUCCAGUCUCAAAUAUGGAAAUUGGGUUCGAUGGACUUCUUUGGGCAUGAGAAGAAAAUUCUGAUUCGGUCACAUCUGUUUCUUUUAAGAGACUGUCUUGGAGGUUACAUCUUCAGAGGGCAGACAUAUGGCUUCAGAAUUUGGAUCACCCCUUGUGUCAUAAUCACUGUCUCAUUCUUCAUGUUGGUUCUCUUUUUUUGUGUCACCCAUCAGCAUGCACCAAAGUGAUUGUUAGUGUUUCUCCUUUCAAAAUUCAAGUUCAAAUAAUACAAU